AUGUCGAAGACGCACCGGGAUUCAUUGUUGCCGCCAACACAGCCUGCGCCGGACUACUGCCGAGCCGGUCUUGAUCACACACAAGACACUCGCGACCGCGGCGAGACCAACACGAACGAAGACGUCAACAUCCGCGAGCCAAGCGCGCGAAAGCUUGGCCUCUCCGCUACGAGAUCCAGCCUUCGAUCAUGA